AUGCGCUCACCAGCCUCUGGGCGAGCCAGUGUUUCUCACCUCGCCCAGUUCAUCAUCGUAGCAUGUCUUUGUACCUCGUUGCUCAAUGCUAGCCCACUGCCAGUGGGAACACCCCUAUCAACACCAUCCAGCCAUGGCUCCCAGCCUCAAUCCUUGUCCCAGUUCUCCAAAAGGAUGGAACUCGCCGCUGCCCACGGAACCGAAGCGGCCAGCAUAGUAACCCACAAUUCGGCCGAGACCGCCAAUACGGCCAAGAGUCAUUCCAAUACUCCAAACUUGAAAGUUCUCCAUGCGUCCAGUAGCGGCGUUGACUCUGCCGAGGAUAGCCAAGCAGUCGACAGCACGACCGCUGGUCUAUCCAAGAUCGGCACUGCACCCGAACAGUCGCAGCCCCCAACAAAAGAGGCACUGGCAUCGGACACCAAAGACGUGGAUGUAGGCCCAGAAGCGGCUGCAGCAGAUAACGGUCUGACCACCACAGCUGAGCCACACAAACCAGCUGAAGCCGAUAAGAUUGCAAACGAGAAACCCGCUGGGCAAGUCGUCGAGGCCCCAGUUACUGCACCAGAAUCGAGUCUUCUCACCACCCCGGACCAGAAUGCCGCCAAGCCUGCCGAAGGCGAGAAGAUUGCCAGCGAGAAACCCGCUGGGGAAGUCGUCGAGGCCCCGACUACUGUCAACUCCGAACCUGAAUCGAGUCCUCCUACCACCUCAGACCAGAAUGCUGUCAAGCCUGCCACAGACGACACAUCAUCCCGCACCCCGACAACUACCGCCGAUCCCAAAGGAGCAGCCACCCCCGCCUCCGCCGAUGCUACUACUUCAGCAGCCCUCCAAGCUUCUAGUAGCGGCAAUGAUGGCAAAACAGUUGACGGGACCGCGGGUGUCUCCAAUGUGGAUGCGACCCUUCAUCCGGACUUGAUCCGUACAGAAAAGAGCGGCUCUCAAGACGGUCCGGGUGAAGACCCGACGGGCCUUGCCUAUUAUCCUGUCGACUUUUUUAGACUAGGGAGGAUUGCAAACACCAAUCCAGCCGGAAGAUCAGGAGUCGCUAGGCCAUUGAAGUACUCCGCUUCCACAGGUACCGCAUCAGAGAAGAGCGGCUCUCAAGACGGUUUGGACCUGUUCGAAGACCUGAUGAGCCUUGACCACGAUCCUGCCCAACUUCCCAGAGAAGUUAUGGAGUACCUAGAGUUAGUCUUACCCGGGUUCAAAUCGGCCGCAAGAUCAAAACUCGCUGGACAACCGAAGAACUCCGCAUCCGCUCCUUCAGGGUCUGAUCAGCUACGUGCCGACGCGGCAGCUACUACCUUCGACAAUGCCCAUGAUUUGGCUCCUAAUGUGGCCCCGGAAGCCUCCCAUGUCAAAACUGGUACCGCAUCAGAGAAGAGCGGCUCUCAAGACGGUUUGGUCGACGACCCGAUCAGCCUGGACCAUGAUUCUGUCAAAAUUCUUAGAGGAGUUAAGAAUUACCUAGAUGCAGUCUUAGAGUUAGUCUCACCCCGGUCCAAGUGGGCCGGAAGAUCAAACCUCGCUAGACAACCGGAGGACUCCGCCUCCGCUGGUCCCGACGCGGCGGCUACUACCUUUGACAAUGUCCAUGGUUUGGCUCCUGAUGUGGUCCCGGAAGCCUCCCAUGUCGAAACGAGUACCGCAUCAGAGAAGAGCGGCUCUCAAGACGGUUUGGUCGACGACACGAUGAGUCUGGACCAUGAUUCUGCCCAAUUUCGCAGAGACGUUAAGAAUUACGUAGAUCUCGUCUUAAAGUCAGUCUCACCCCGGUCCAAGUGGGCCGGAAGAUCAAACCUCGCUAGACAACCGGAGGACUCCGCCUCCGCUGGUCCCGACGCGGCGGCUACUACCUUUGACAAUGUCCAUGGUUUGGCUCCUGAUGUGGCCCCGGAAGCCUCCCAUGUCGAAACUAGUAUCGCAUCAGAGAAGAGCGGCUCUCAAGACGGUUUGGUCGACGACCCGAUGAGCCUGGACCAUGAUUCUGUCAAAUUUCUUAGAGGAGUUAAGAAUUACGUAGAUUUAGUCUUAGAGUCAGUCUCACCCCAGUCCAAGUGGGCCGGAAGACCGAAACUCGCUGGACAACCGGAGGACUCAGCCUCCGCUGGUUCAGUGUCUGAUCAGCCACGUUCCAACGCGGCGGCUACUACCUUUGACAAUGUCCAUGAUUUGGCUCCUGAUGUGGCCCCGGAAGCCUCCCAUGUCGAAACUGAUUCCUUAAAGUUGGAACAAGAUGCUUCCUCUGAAACAAAGAAGAGAAAAAUUAAACUCAAUCCCAUCCCAGAAACAAGAGAGUUCAAACCGGACUCGGCUAUUGAAAGGGACUGGGACACCUUCCAGUCAGAAGGCGAAAACAAACAGGCCGUCUUAAAGGCAUCAGGAGCUCCUCCUCCUCGAGGGAUCCUAAAAAAGAAUGGCCUCUCCCAUGUUGUAGCCACCCCAACCAAAGCGGCAGAACCUAUGACCACCACACCGGCUACUCAAGCGGCCUCGGAUGCUUCCCGCGUCAACGCCGACCCGGUUACUGAAGUAAACCCAGCAAACACAUUAGAAUCAUCAGGAUCUCCUCCUCCUCCAGGGAUCCACAACCAAGAUGGCACCUCCCAUGUUGUAGCCCUCCCAAGCGAAGCGGCAGAGCCUAUCACAGCCACGCCAGCUACUCAAGCGGCCUCGGAUGCUUCCCGCGUCAACCCUGACCCAGUUACUGAAGUAAACUCAGCAAACACCUUAGAUUCGGCAGGAUCUCCUCCUCAUCCAGGGAUCCAGAACCAACCUCCAAAGGAAGCCGACAAGAAUCUUGAUCCCAUAGUCACCGUAAAAUCUGUCAACCCCGACCCGGCUACAGGCAAAUUUCCCGCUUCCACCACCCCAAAGGAAGCGCCAAAACCUAUCACUACCACACCGGCUGCUCAAGAGGCCUCGGACGCUUCCCGUUUCAAACCUGAUUCGGCAGGAACUCCUUCAAUGUUCAAGAAGAUCAAUCUCAAAAAGUACCUCACUAAAGCCUGGUGGACGAAAUUCUGGAGGAAAAUCACGGGUUUCCGCAGAUCACGUUCAGCUACCAAAGUCCGCCCAGAAGUUGGCCCAGAAGCAGUCAAACCUGCAGCAUGA